GUUGCAGUUGUGAUCAACGUUUACGGGGAGCGUCGGGGGAAAAUGAAAAUCAAAAGAGCUGACAAUCGGUUCUCCAUUCGAGAUCAAUAUAUUGCUCCCCCACUGGGGAUUUGGGGAACGAGCAUGUCGAGCCACCGGGUUGCGGACAUCGGGUAUGUUCCCCCACAUGCCGACCGCAAGACAUCGCGGGCUCGGAUCGACGAGUUCACCAUUUGCCAGAGCUUGAUCGUCCGGACUCCAGGGACCUCUGUGCGCCCGGUGACACUGGGUCCAACGGGUUGCGUAAGACUCGAAGGCCCUCCCGCGUUUGAAAAGGACGCGAAUUCUCACGAGGAUGGCGUUGGGGGGAGGCAUGACCUACGACCGCCAUCCGCCAUCCGCCACUCGGGGCUCUCUAGCGAAUCAUCGAACGGCCAAUGAGGGCUGGACUGUUGGUUAAAUCUGGGGAACUUUGUGGAGUGGAGCUCGGCGAUCCACGGCGGCCAAUGAUCGUGGAUUCUCCGGGAGACACGCCCCGCUUAUUUGGUACCCGGUGAGAAUAUGAAGGCUGUAGGGGGGUGACCGUCAUGGAAUGAAGUCGAGGGGAAUCUUGCGAGAAUUUGCUGGUGGAUGGUUGAGAAAAGAAGCGGGGGAAACAGUGUGGAAUGGCCGGGAGGAGUUGCCGCGACCGAAAGAAGGGCAACGGCGAGAGAUCGACCACGGGUUUACCGCCCAACUAAAGUCACCUCACGAGUUCCAAAAGACAGCCACGAAUCAGCCAGCUCGGCCAAAGCUGCGAACUGACUUUUCUCUCCACGGGGCAUUCGGUCCCUACCCCGGAUUUGUGCUUUCCCCUCCUUCCCCCUCUCCUUCUCCUCCUCCUCCUCCUCCUCCUCCGUCUGAUCUUGAAGCUUGCUCCGUCUACAUCCCCGAUCAUCACCCGUUCUCUUCCCCCUUCCCUUUCCUCGAUGCUCCUCUUCCACCAUGUUCGAUGAUUCGCCGCCCGCCGUGGACUCAUCAAACGCGUCUCAAUCCCUCAUCAAAUCCAAGGACGGAGGCUAUUUUCAAUGCGGCUUCUGUAAACGUCACUAUAACCGAGCCGACCAUCUCAUUCGUCAUGUCCGAUCUCAUACCCGCGAAAAGCCCUACGUCUGCGAUGUCUGCGACAAGGGGUUUGCGCGACCUGACUUAUUAAAGCGCCACGCCACGGGCCAUACCCAUGACCGUGAUCGGAAGCGCAAGCGAAGCUCUUCCGUGGCAAAGCAGAGUCGUGUCUCUCAGGCUUGUAAGGCCUGUGCCUCGUCCAAACUCAAGUGCGACGAGGAAAAGCCGUGUCGGCGGUGUCGAGAGCGGAAUCUGCACUGCGACUGGCAGGAUCUAGUGCAAGACUGGUCUCCGGAAUCUCAGCAGCAGAGCUCAACCGAGCUUACAAACCCGAUUAUGCCCGACCAAGCAUUGGAUCUCACGGCAUCGGUGGCAUUCUCGCCCAUGCCAACCCCGAUGGAUGAAUUCCCCGCGGGUGGGAGGAGUGGCGGCAUGCACAGGACUCCUCAUGGACCUGCUCCUUCUGCUCCCGUUCCUGCUCCGGAAGCGCCGGGACUUUCCCCAGUCGUACCCCCAACGGCUGAACAAAUUCCAACCGAAUACGGAGUAUCACCCACCGACCAAGAGAGUGGCAUUUUCAGCGUCGACGGCACUUUUUUCCCGAAUUUCAUUCCCGACUCGCUGAUCUCUUCGUUAAGCCGAUAUAACGACCCCUUUGAACCGGCCAAUCUAAUUCCCGAAUUCACACACUAUGGAGCCUUGGAAAUUCCAGCUUUGGAUUUUAAUCUGACCGACGGUGAUUUCGGCUUGAUAGAUAUGUACAAUUCCCGCCACUUUCUGCCGGGGACUCACGAGCCAGAGCCGCAAGAUCACUUUGAUGCGGAUAGUGGCAUUGGUAUCGGUGCCGCGGCCUAUAAUCGGUCAUCUUUGUCUCAAUGGAAGCCUGCUCGGAAUGACCGCGCAUUCGACGACCACGAAAACCUCUCCGUUCCACCCACGAUCGACAGUCCCGAGGCGACCGCGCCCGACCGGCAGAUUCUCUGUGAACGUCUGUCUUCGAGCAGCCGUGACCUCAUUUUCGGACUGGUGCUGGAGAUCAGUCGAGAAGGGAAUUUGAGUCGAAUCAUGAAGUCCUUCCCCAGCACCGAACUGCUGGACGGAUUGAUUCAGCAAUACUUUGAGUUUCAAUCGCACAGUGUCGACUCUUUCAUUCACGGACCGACCUUCCGACUCAAUAGCGAGCAUGCUAGUACGCUCGCUGCUCUCGCCUCUGCAUCCGCCGUUCGCUCCCCUAUCCCGACCAUCAGAAAGCUUGGUUAUGCCCUGGUUGAGAUUGUUCGACUCUAUAUGCCUAUCAAGUAUGAGAACGAUAAUAGCACCACUCGUGAUUUACGGACUUCCCAAACUUAUGCGUUGAAUAUUGAGGUUGGAAUCUGGAGUGGAAAUCGACGAAAGACGGAAAUUGCCGAGAGCUUCUCGCAGCCGUUGGUGACCAUGCUCCGUCGAGCUCUUCGAUUCCGCCGUUCCGUCUAUACAAACAUCGUUCCCAACAUGGACGACUCGGAAGAGGUAUUAGAGCGCAAGUGGCACGACUGGAUCGAACAGGAAUCGUUCAAAAGACUCGUCUACCAUAUCUUCCUUCACGACUCUCGGAGCUCAGUGACCCUCAAUGUCAACCCUUUAAUCUCCUACGCCGACUUGGAGCUUCCACUACCGGCCGCCCGUCCCCUGUGGGAAGCCAAGACUGCCAACGAAUGGAAGGAUCUCUUUUGUGUUCUCUCCCCCGCCACGCGCGAGCGAGUACCCUCCUUGGCUGAUCUCCUUCGCGACAUGUCCCAGCUUUCGAGUUUCCAAGAUCGCAUUGAUUCGCAACUGUCUGCCUUGGUUCUUCUCCACGGUCUAUCAGCUUUGAUCAAUGAGUAUCACCGGUUGAAGUUCAUUUCAUCAAGCAAUUCGAAGCAUUGGCAUGCCUUGGUGACAAACUCUCGUCAACAAGAGCUCGAUCAAGCACUUCAGCAUUUCAGAAUGGUCUGCUCGGAGCUCAGAGUGCGGUGUCAGCCCGAGAUUGUACUGGUCUGUGAGGUGGUCUCCAUGCUCCUCCACAUGUCUCUGGAAGAACUGCAGCUGUUUGCGGGCAAAGAGGACAAACAAGAAGCGCGCCGAGUCUAUCAAUCCGCUCUUGAAUGGAUCAAGAGUGCCGACUCUCGCCGAGCUGUGUGGCACGCCGGCCAAACGAUCCGUGCCGCCCGGCAAAUGGCCCCUGGCUCGUUGACAGGGUUCUUGGCUAUCGGGGUGUAUUAUGCCGGGCUAGCCCUCUGGUCCUACGCCGUAGUCUCCAAGGCCAAUAUUACCCGGCUGACAGGCAGCCCGGCCUCCUCCAUUGCUAGCCAGGGACCCACCGUUUUACUGGACGCGGAAGAAAUGCCCGAAGUCACGAAAUUCUUCACGUUAAGCUGUGGCGUUCCUGCAAUUCAGGGGCCGAACGGACCAAUUACACUGGCAGAUACAAGUACUACCAUGCAGACCGUGCAGCGAGUGCUUCGACCCGACCCGUCAGAGCGUACGCCACCUUUGGUCCAGAGUUUAGCACAAUUAAUUGGGGAUCUGGGGCAAUGCGUACCCAUGGGUGGAGCGUGAUCGCAAUGAGCGAUUUUCCAGUUCCUGGUUGUUUUUGUCUUGCAUGUACGAUUUAGAGAUUCUGAAAUGAUACCCACGCGAUGUAUGAUGACUA